GAGGACAAAUUUCAUUGGUCGCUGAUAGCUACGCUCUUAUGUCGCCAUAUUGGAUCUAAGGAUUAGGCAAAGUUUUAACUUUGUAAUGCUUUAAAAAAGAGGGCACGUGUAAUUUAACUAAAUAUAUGUUUAUUGUAGUUAACAUUAGGUUCUGUCUGUAGUUCAGUGGCUGCCCAUUACCUUCAAAGUGAAAUUUUUAUCAAUUAAACAUUUUAUUUCAGUAAAUAGGCCUUACUAGUUAAGCAGUAAGUUCGAUUAGGCUACAUUUUGGAAAGGAACAUGGCGGCAGCUGCCCCGAAAACAAUUGAAGAAAUUGAAGCACAAAUUAAGGCUAUUCAAGCACAGAAAGCUGGAUUAGCACCCUUAGAUGAAAAUGGAGAAGGAGUACCACUUGCAGCUUCUGAUGGAGCAUAUAUGGAUGAAGAUAUAUAUGGAGGGACCAAGAGCAGGUUUGAUGGCUAUGUUACCUCAAUUGCGGCAAAUGACGAUGCAGAUGCUGAUGAUGAUGAUUAUGAAACAACCUCCCUAAUGCAGAAUAAAAGAACGGGAUAUACUGCUCCCACUGCUUUUUUAAGUGAUGUUAUAGGAUCUGAUAAAGAUUAUGAUCCAUUUGCAGAGAGGAGAAUUCCUCGGAUUGCAGAUAGAGAAGAUGAAUACAGGGCUCAAAGACGUAAAAUGAUGAUAUCUCCAGAGAGAUUGGAUCCUUUUGCAGAUGGGGGUAAGACUCCAGAUGCCAAGUCUAGGACAUUCCAGGUUAUCAUGAAAGAGCAAGCACUGAAUAAAGACCAGAUGGAACUGAGAAAAAAAUUAGUUGAAAAAGCUAAAACUGGAGAAUUAAAACCAGUGGCGAAUGGUGAUGCUACUGCUGUAAAACCAGCCAAACGAAGACGCUGGGAUCAACAAGCUGGUGAUGAAACUCCUUCGACUCCUGCUAAAAAGAAAGCUUCAAGUUGGGAUAUGGCUGAGUCCCAAACACCAUCUCAAAGCAGAUGGGAUGAAACACCAGGCCGUAUUCCUAAAGGCUCGGAAACACCAGGUGCAACUCCUGGGGCUAGCACACGAAUGUGGGAACCUACACCAGCUCAUGCCACUCCUGGUGCAGCCACACCAGGUCAUGAUACUCCUGGCCACAAAGCCACACCGAGUGCUCGUCGCAACCGAUGGGAUGAAACACCCAAAACAGAUAGAGAAACCCCUGGCCAUGGAAGUGGAUGGGCAGAAACUCCACGUACAGAUCGUACUGGAGUAGACUUGAUUCAGGAAACUCCUACGCCGAGUGCUAGCAAAAGAAGGUCUCGAUGGGAUGAAACUCCAGUUUCAAACAUGGGCAAUCAGACUCCUCAGACACCUUCUAUGCUGACUCCUGGAGGAUUGACUCCCAGCAGUAUGACUCCUAGUGCCAUGACUCCAAGUGGAGUGACACCUACAGGUGCAAAAGCCAUGGCUAUGGCCACGCCCACACCAGGUCACUUAAUGGCUAUGACUCCUGAACAACUGCAAGCGUACCGAUGGGAAAGAGAAAUUGAUGAACGAAACAGACCACUGUCAGAUGAAGAACUGGAUUCCAUGUUUCCUCCAGGCUACAAGGUUCUUCAGCCUCCUGCAGGAUAUGUACCUAUUCGUACUCCUGCAAGAAAGCUGACUUCUACCCCUACACCCUUAGCAGGUCUCGGAGGAACACCUUCUGCUGGGGGAGGAUUCUUUUUUCAGAAGGAUGAUCCAAUCAAGAUGCUUGAUACACAGCCUAAAGGAAAUCUGCCUCCCUUGAAACCAGAGGAUAUACAGUAUUUUGACAAGUUACUAGCUGAUGUAGAUGAAGAAUCAUUGAGCCCUGAUGAACAGAAAGAAAGAAAGAUAAUGAAGUUGUUAUUGAAGAUAAAGAAUGGAACACCUCCCAUGAGGAAAGCUGCUUUGAGACAGAUCACAGACAAAGCCAGAGAGUUUGGUGCAGGCCCACUAUUUAACCAGAUAUUACCGUUGCUAAUGUCCCCCACCCUUGAGGAUCAAGAACGACAUCUGCUGGUGAAAGUUAUUGACAGAGUCCUCUAUAAACUUGAUGAUUUAGUGAGACCAUAUGUGCAUAAGAUUUUGGUGGUCAUUGAACCUUUGCUCAUUGAUGAAGACUACUAUGCUAGGGUAGAAGGAAGAGAAAUAAUUUCAAACUUAGCAAAGGCUGCUGGUUUGGCCACUAUGAUCUCUACUAUGAGACCUGAUAUUGAUAACAUAGAUGAAUAUGUCCGUAACACUACAGCUAGAGCUUUUGCUGUAGUAGCUUCAGCUCUUGGAAUUCCAUCACUUUUGCCAUUUCUGAAAGCUGUGUGUCGUAGUAAGAAAUCCUGGCAGGCCAGACACACUGGUAUAAAAAUUGUACAACAAAUAGCUAUCUUAAUGGGAUGUGCCAUUCUUCCUCAUCUCAGAAACUUGGUUGAAAUUAUUGAACAUGGUCUAGUUGAUGAACAACAAAAAGUCAGAACUAUUACAGCCUUGGCAUUGGCUGCUUUGGCUGAAGCUGCAACUCCAUAUGGUAUUGAGUCUUUUGACAGUGUACUGAAACCAUUGUGGAAGGGUAUCAGAACACACAGAGGAAAGGGUCUUGCUGCAUUUUUGAAAGCCAUUGGUUAUCUUAUUCCUUUGAUGGAUGCUGAAUAUGCCAAUUACUAUACCAGAGAAGUGAUGUUGAUCUUGAUCAGAGAGUUCCAGUCUCCAGAUGAAGAAAUGAAGAAAAUUGUCUUGAAGGUGGUGAAGCAGUGUUGUGGUACAGAUGGUGUGGAACCACAGUAUAUUAAAGAAGAAGUUUUACCACAUUUCUUCAAGCACUUCUGGAAUCACAGGAUGGCACUUGACCGACGAAACUACAGACAGUUAGUAGACACAACAGUAGAAAUAGCCAAUAAAGUUGGAGCUGCUGAAAUCAUCAAUCGAAUAGUGGAUGAUUUGAAAGAUGAAAACGAACAGUAUCGUAAAAUGGUGAUGGAGACCAUAGAAAAAAUAAUGGGUAAUUUAGGAGCAGCAGACAUUGAUUCCCGCUUAGAAGAACAACUGAUUGAUGGAAUUCUUUAUGCUUUUCAAGAACAAACUACAGAAGAUAUGGUAAUGCUGAAUGGAUUUGGAACAAUUGUCAAUGCUCUUGGGAAGAGAGUGAAGCCAUAUUUACCACAAAUAUGUGGUACCAUCUUGUGGAGGUUAAACAACAAAUCAGCCAAAGUUCGGCAACAAGCUGCUGACCUUAUCUCCCGUAUUGCCGUUGUCAUGAAGACUUGCCAAGAAGAAAAGUUGAUGGGCCAUUUGGGUGUGGUCUUGUAUGAGUAUCUAGGAGAAGAAUAUCCAGAAGUCCUGGGUUCCAUUCUAGGAGCAUUAAAAGCAAUUGUUAAUGUAAUUGGCAUGCACAAAAUGACUCCACCAAUAAAGGAUUUACUUCCUCGUUUGACACCCAUUCUUAAAAAUAGACAUGAGAAAGUACAAGAAAAUUGUAUCGACCUGGUUGGACGUAUAGCAGACAGGGGAGCGGAAUAUGUCUCGGCUAGAGAGUGGAUGAGAAUCUGUUUUGAAUUGCUAGAGUUGCUGAAAGCUCACAAAAAAGCAAUUCGCCGAGCGACUGUCAACACCUUUGGUUACAUUGCAAAAGCCAUAGGCCCUCAUGAUGUAUUAGCAACACUUUUGAACAAUUUGAGGGUUCAAGAAAGACAGAAUCGUGUGUGCACAACUGUAGCCAUUGCCAUUGUGGCAGAGACCUGUUCUCCCUUUACAGUCCUUCCAGCUCUGAUGAAUGAGUAUCGAGUUCCUGAGCUGAAUGUCCAAAAUGGAGUCUUAAAGUCUUUAUCUUUCUUAUUUGAAUACAUUGGUGAGAUGGGUAAAGAUUACAUCUAUGCAGUUACCCCCCUGUUGGAAGAUGCUUUAAUGGACAGGGAUUUAGUUCACAGACAGACAGCUUGUGCUGCUAUUCAGCACAUGGCUCUUGGAGUAUAUGGAUUUGGCUGUGAAGAUGCUCUUGUUCAUCUCCUCAACUAUGUUUGGCCCAACAUAUUUGAAACUUCUCCCCAUUUAGUACAAGCUUUUAUGGGUGCUGUGGAAGGAUUGCGAGUAGCAUUAGGCCCCAUAAAAAUUCUGCAAUAUUCAUUACAGGGAUUGUUUCAUCCAGCUCGAAAGGUUCGAGAUGUGUAUUGGAAAAUCUAUAACACACUGUAUAUCGGAGGUCAAGAUGCCCUGGUUGCUGGCUAUCCAAGAAUUCCUGAUGAUAACAGAAACAACUUUGUUCGACAUGAGCUAGAUUAUAUUCUCUGAACUAGCUGUGUUUCAUCAUAUAAGCUGAUCAAGUGGUUUAUCUCAGAAUUUUAUAGUGGAAUGAGCUAAUUUGUCAAAAAUCUUGGAAGCCUCAUUCAUCAGUAUACCAAUAAUACAGAAUUAAACAUAGGUCAAACUAAAGCUGAUUUUAAGUUUUGAUACGUUGCUGAUUAAUAUUCUGCAAAUGAUUUUUUCUUUAAACAUUUAUUUUAUGAAUUUAUUUUGACACAAUUCAGGUACGAGUGUCAUGUAAUGGUAACAUUUCCCACCUAAUUCGUGAGUAGUGUAACACUGCAAUUUAAAACAGUUUAAUUCUAUUCAGUAAAUAUGUUUUUGUACAAACCAGUGGAUCUCUAGUGUAUAUGUAUGUAAACUGUUAAAAAUGACUAAAAUUUCUAAAAACUCUACUAUUAAACAAACCUGUCAUUAGUUUUAUCUAACGUCAGUUGAUAGAAUUCUGAGUCAUGUUAUUCAUAAAUGGUUUGAGAAAUUAAAGUACCACAUUGAACAUAAGGUUUUUAAUAUGGAAUUACUUGUAGUAAUAUUAAGUAGCUUUUUUGAGAACUAGCCAUAAAGAUUGUAUGUGGUUAAAUAGCUGCAAUUUAUAUGUUAUGGUAUUAUUAGUGUAUUCAGCUGUUUGAUAUAAUUUCUUUUUUUUUAUGUGAUAGUAAUUGGCAGGGUGUAGAAAGAACUGUAUUAGAUAUCUUAACUUCCUAAUUUUAUUAUUUUAGGCAGUUAUUUCCCAAGGUAGUGUCCACACAUAACUGUAUGUCUGUUUAGAUAUUUGUAUCAGCACAUGGUUGUAGGGAAUAAUAUUGUUGGAUUUAAGUACUGGUUAAUACCAUAGUCUGUUAACCACAUAAUGUACAGUUUAUGUUUCUAUUUUUAUGCAUACUCCUUCCCCUUCCCUCAAAUGUAUUUGUAUAACAUCUUAAAAUGGUAAUGACCAGAUGUAAAUGUGCUUCUUUGUAAAAUUAUCAAUAAAUGGUUCACGUACUAUA